GCGCGCGUUUCGCAGCCCCCGCGUUCCAUUCACCCCCGCCCGGGCCGGCACACUAGACCUGCCCGAGGAGGAGGGGCGCGGGCCGAGGGACCGGUCUGAUCCGGUCUGUGGCGCAGGCGCAGUGCGGAUAAACAGGAAGCGGGUGGCGGAGGCGGCCGGGAGGGUACCCGCGGCUUCGGGGCUGCAGCGAGCGGACUUCAGUUGCCGGGCGGACGGCAGAUCCGAGCGCGAGAGAAGGGUCCUUGACUUCGGCUUCCAGGAACGCGAGGCCGGACCCCGGCCUCCCCCCGGGCUCCGGACGCCCGCGCCGAGGCCGCGGCUGACAAAGGCUCGCCGCCGCCCUUCGCAUCCGGGCACUCGCGCCCCGCGGGGGAGGGGCGCAGGCCGAGUCCUCUCCCCGCGACGCAGGCGAGGGGCCGCGGAGGUGGCGGCGGGCCGCGGGAGGAUGGUCCAGAAGGACGGCCAGGCGGCGCUGGAGGAGCGGGAGGCGGACCUCAGCUCCAGCCCCUCGGCUGCUGCAGGGGCGGCGUUGGAGCCGCAGGCGCCGUCGGGCCCGGGAGACGAGCACCCCGCUGGGGCCGGGGCGAUUUUAUGGAAGACCCUGGGUUAUGGAACAGAGAAAAGAACUUUUUAGAAGGCUCCAGAAAUGGGAAUUAAAUACAUACUUGUAUGCACCAAAAGAUGACUACAAGCAUAGGAUGUUUUGGCGGGAGAUGUAUUCAGUGGAGGAAGCUGAGCAACUCAUGACUCUCAUCUCUGCUGCACGAGAAUAUGAGAUCGAGUUCAUCUAUGCUAUCUCACCUGGAUUGGAUAUCACUUUUUCUAACCCCAAGGAAGUAUCUACGUUGAAACGUAAAUUGGACCAGGUUUCUCAAUUUGGGUGCAGGUCAUUUGCCUUGCUUUUUGAUGAUAUUGACCACAAUAUGUGUGCAGCAGACAAAGAGGUAUUCAGCUCUUUUGCUCAUGCACAGGUGUCGAUCACAAAUGAAAUUUAUCAGUACCUGGGAGAGCCAGAAACUUUCCUCUUCUGUCCUACAGAAUAUUGUGGCACUUUCUGUUAUCCAAAUGUGUCUCAGUCUCCUUACUUAAGGACUGUGGGUGAAAAGCUCCUACCUGGAAUUGAGGUGCUUUGGACAGGUCCCAAAGUUGUUUCUAAAGAAAUUCCAGUGGAGUCUAUUGAAGAGGUUUCUAAGAUAAUUAAGAGAGCUCCAGUGAUCUGGGAUAACAUUCAUGCUAAUGAUUAUGACCAGAAGAGACUGUUUCUGGGCCCCUACAAAGGAAGGUCUACAGAGCUCAUCCCCCGGUUGAAAGGAGUGCUGACGAACCCGAACUGUGAAUUCGAAGCCAACUAUGUCGCUGUCCACACCCUCGCCACCUGGUACAGGUCCAACAUGCACGGAGUGAGGAAGGACGUGGUGAUGACUGACAGUGAAGAUAGUACUGUAUCAAUCCAGAUAAAGUUAGAAAAUGAAGGCAGUGAUGAAGAUAUUGAAACUGAUGUACUCUAUAGUCCACAGAUGGCCCUAAAGCUAGCUUUAACUGAAUGGUUGCAGGAAUUUGGUGUACCUCAUCAAUACAGCAGUAGGCAAGUUGCACACAGUGGAGCUAAAGCAAGUGUAGUUGAUGGCACUCCUUUAGUUGCAGCACCCUCUUUAAAUGCCACAACUGUAGUCACAACAGUUUACCAGGAGCCCAUUAUGAGCCAGGGAGCAGCUCUGAGUGGUGAAACUACAGCUCUGACCAAGGAAGAAGAAAAGAAGCAGCCAGAUGAGGAACCUAUGGACAUGGUGGUAGAAAAACAAGAAGAAGCAGACCACAAGAAUGACAAUCAAAUACUGACUGAAAUUGUUGAAGCUAAAAUGGCAGAGGAAUUGAAACCAAUGGACACUGAUAAGGAGAGCAUAGCUGAAUCAAAGUCUCCAGAGAUGUCUAUGCAGGAAGAUUGCAUUAGUGAUAUUGCUCCUAUGCAGACGGAUGAACAAACAAAUAAGGAGCAAUUUGUGCCAGGUCCAAAUGAAAAACCUUUGUACACUGCAGAACCAGUGACUCUAGAGGAUUUGCAGUUACUUGCAGAUCUUUUCUAUCUUCCUUAUGAGCACGGACCCAAAGGAGCACAGAUGUUACGGGAAUUCCAGUGGCUUCGAGCAAAUAGCAGUGUUGUUAGUGUCAACUGCAAAGGAAAAGACUCUGAAAAAAUUGAAGAAUGGCGGUCACGAGCAGCCAAAUUUGAAGAAAUGUGUGGACUGGUGAUGGGAAUGUUCACUCGGCUCUCCAACUGUGCCAACAGGACAAUCCUUUAUGACAUGUACUCCUAUGUGUGGGAUAUCAAGAGUAUAAUGUCUAUGGUGAAGUCUUUUGUACAGUGGUUAGGGUGUCGUAGUCAUUCUUCAGCACAGUUCUUAAUUGGAGACCAAGAACCCUGGGCCUUUAGAGGUGGUCUAGCAGGAGAGUUCCAGCGUUUACUGCCAAUUGAUGGAGCAAAUGAUCUCUUUUUUCAACCACCCCCACUGACUCCUACCUCCAAAGUUUAUACUAUCAGACCGUAUUUUCCUAAAGAUGAGGCUUCCGUGUACAAGAUUUGCAGAGAAAUGUAUGACGAUGGAGUGGGUUUACCUUUUCAGAGCCAGCCUGACCUUAUUGGAGACAAGCUGGUAGGAGGGCUCCUCUCCCUCAGCCUGGAUUACUGCUUCGUCCUGGAAGAUGAAGAUGGCAUCUGUGGCUACGCCCUGGGCACUGUGGAUGUGACCCCAUUCAUUAAAAAGUGUAAACUAUCCUGGAUCCCUUUCAUGCAGGAAAAAUACACGAAGCCAAACGGUGACAAAGAACUCUCAGAGGCUGAGAAAAUAAUGUUGAGUUUCCAUGAAGAACAGGAAGUAUUGCCAGAAACUUUCCUUGCCAAUUUCCCUUCUCUGAUAAAGAUGGAUAUUCACAAAAAAGUAACAGAUCCAAGUGUGGCUAAAAGUAUGAUGGCUUGCCUCCUCUCUUCGUUGAAAGCUAAUGGCUCCCGCGGAGCUUUCUGUGAAGUGAGACCAGAUGAUAAAAGAAUUCUGGAGUUUUACAGCAAGUUAGGCUGUUUUGAAAUUGCAAAAAUGGAAGGAUUUCCAAAGGAUGUGGUUAUACUUGGUCGGAGCCUGUGAUGUUUUUGGCAUUGUGAACUGUCAGUCUUAACUCCACCUUGUGGUUGGUAGUUGGGGGUCUUCAGACAGUUGAGCGUCUGGAGCAGCAACAAAUCAACCAGUUGAAUUGGAAACAAGACUCCGUAAAGUUCACCUAUCAUAGACUGAGACCACUGUCUGGUUGGAAGAAGAUAGUAUUGUUGCAAGUCCAAAACAGAUCUGGGCUCCUCUUUUGCGUUUUGUGUCUGAUCUUGGGUACCAGGACCUGUUACGUGGGCUUCUAUAGGGAGAAGGGUCUUGAAUAAAUGUAGUCAGCACUAUGUUCUGCAUCCAGUGUGGUUUAGAUCUCUCACCUAAGAGAAUCAGAGUUCUGUCAUCCUCCUGGGUUUAGUAAAUGUCUCAUUCUUUGGAGACAGCACAGAUGAGAGAAAAAACUUAGUGAGUUUCAGAGACUUCAGGUUGGAUGUCCUAAGUGGGGUGGAUGAUGGUGUGGCAUUAGUUUAAGCUGAAUAAAUGUUUGCAAUUUGGGGCAGUGUUUUGCUUUCUGUAAAGCCAUGGCCACCUGUCUCCUGUAGCAACCAUUGGGUCGGGCGUGUUGUACUUUGUAGGGACAGUGCAGUUGUUUUUGGCAAAAGCCUAAAAUUGCUAAGUUUGUAAAUUUCUUUGUAUAUAAACUAGCUAUAACCUGAUCAUCUUUUGUUGACCAUUUUUGUAAUUUUUUUUCUUUAUAAAAUGAAAAGGUGUUGGUUCAGGUUGGCACUUUGAAUAAUGUAAAUUAGCAUAAGGUGGAUUUUCUUUUCUCUUUUUUUUUCUUUUUGAGAAGCUUUAUUUUUUCAUACGUUUCCCACAUGGGGAUAGGCCAUGGCCAUUUUGGUACGAAAAUGUAACGACAUAGGACUCGAUUUGUUGCAGUGUGAAGUUGCUUCUGAAAAUUAACCUCAGUGGCAGAUCAGGUAUGAAAUGUUGGUCUGGACAUCUGUCAGGCAGGGCAAGGGAGCUGGCUGGUCUCAUUUGCUCUUGGAUCAGAUGUCUUUUAUUCUACACCUAUUACUACUGGUUUAACUACAUCAGUCUGUAAUUCUUGCAUGUUUUAUCUAAUUUUUAAAAGAAUGAGCACACUUUAUGGUUACCCAUUUCUUUUUUUUUUAAUCACAGAUUUUGAAAGCUUCAUGUAUUUUAAUUUAGAUUGGGUGUUUUCAAGGGUUCUGAGCAUGAGGCUGGCAGGUAAUCUCUGCAGGAUUGUGUUUUCAUCAUGGCUGGCUGACUUCUCCCUAGAUCUGUAUCAGUGUUUUGUUACUGUACUUACCUACAGCUUCAUGUCGUCUGUUCAACUCAGCUGUGUGAAGGCCGAGGAGGAGGAGAGUGGAACUGUUCCUCAUAGAGCUCCACCGCUGUGGGCGUCCAUACAGUCUUAAAGCGCUGCACCUAGUGACUUCCAGCCAAGACCUAGCAGUGUGUUGAAUGGGUGGAGGAGAAAGGAGAUGUUACUGUCCUUAGGGUAGAAGUCUUUAACUGAUAGGAUGUGGUAUGUUGUAAAGCUAAGGCCAAGUUUGCAGUUUUGAGGGCUGAGGUAAAGGGAAGAUCCUUACUAAAUAAUGUUUAAGACAGGUGAAUGUUACUCAGUUUUCUUUUUGAAUAUAUCUCAAGCACUAGUAGACUACGUAUUACAGCAUUAUUUUGAGGAUUUGGGGGUCAAUCUCAUGGAAUCAGGAUUUUAAAACAAGUUCCUUUUGGUUUUAUCUUGGCUUUUAAUUACUUUGACUGGUCUUAUCACAUGUACUAAAAUGUGAAACAGAUAUCCAGGUCUAUACUUAAACCUUCAUUACUCUAGGAUUGUAAAGUGCUAUGCUAUCUUCCAUGGUUAUGAGUAUUUAUUAAGGUUGGAAUGACAUUUCAUUGUUUAGAUCGCAGCUCAGUUCCUGUAGAAUACGAACUGUAAAACUAUCUGAAGACCAUGUAAGAGGCAAAAUAAAACUUGAAGUGAGUA